AUGAAUGAGUCUGAUAAUCCCCGAGUAUGGUCUCUUUUUAAUGGGGCUAUUCAUUGGUUGGAUUUUAAUAGUGAUACAUCAAUGAAUGUUAUUGUUUCCUUUGAUUUAGCCGAAAGGAAACUUCUAGAGAUGUCUAUGCCGAUGCCGGGUGGUUUUGACAUCGAUCCUAAAUUUUGUGAUUUGUGGGUAUUUGGAGAAUUUCUCAGUCUAUGGUCUAUGAAAAAUGAUACGGUUGAAAUAUGGGUUAUUAAAGAAUACAAAGUCCACUCGUCAUGA